AUGAUCUUGUCAACAGGACGUCCAAACCACUGUUGGAAAUCCAUCAGGUUGGCAAACCCAUCAGGCAUCAUCUGGUCGGCCUUGGAAGAUGGCAUCAAGAAGUACAGCAGCGACCACAAUUCCAUGAUAUUGUUCUGUAACGGCGUACCAGUCAGAAGAAGACGGUGUUCGGUGUUGAAGUUCAACAACGCUUUCCAUCUUUGCGACCGGAAAUUCUUGAUGUUGUGUGCCUCAUCCAGAAUCAUAACUUUGAAUCCUGGAGCAAACCGUUUGAACUCCAUCUCCCAGUUCAACAUCACAGAAGUUGGAACAACAAUCAGAUGCGGUCCCCAAAUGUUCUUUUCGCAUGCCAGAUACGAAAUCAGAGAGAUGGUCUGGAUUGUUUUUCCCAGACCCAUCUCAUCCGCGAGAAUUCCGUUGGUUCCACUGUUGUACAACGAAGCAAGCCAGUUCAAACCUUGUUUCUGGUACUCUCUCAACGUUCCACGCAGAAGAAUAGGAACAGGAACAUCAGGAAUGGCGGCAUUGUCUUCUGCGUCGUCCAUCUCGUCUGAAGAUGGAGGAGUAAGUGCUUCUCCUGGCUCGUCUUUGAUCUUGUUAUUGAACAACGAAGCAAGGCCAGGACGAGAGUCGUCAGACAAAGCUUCCUCUUCUGAUGACUCCGAUUCUGAUUCAGAGUCCGUCAGCGAUUCGUCUGCACUAUCAUUACUAUCCUCGAGAAUAGGAUCGUUAGAUUCCUCAAUCAGUUUCUGUCUUUGUUCCUCGGUCAACUGGUCAACCACGCUGACCUUAUUGUGCUCACCAUUGGUCUCCACUCCAUACAAAGAAGCCAGUGUAUCUGGUUCGUCGUCCUCAGACUCAUCGUCAGAGUCUUUCGGAGCAGAAUCGAUAUUCUUGUACUUCUCACGAAGUUCUUCCACAGUCAGCUUGCUAUCGUCUUUCACAUUACGAGCCUCUUCUGCUUCACUAUCUUCGCUCUCGCUGGAGCUCAUAUUCUCGUCGUCGUCGGAACCAGAACUACCGCUCUCUUCCUCGAAAUCUCCUUCAACAGUACUACCUUGGCGUGAAGUUGGAGUAGCGCUCCGUUUUCCAACUUGA